AUAAUCAACUAUCAAAGAGUUACAGAGCAUAAUGCUUCCAAGAUGGUAAUGGGGGCAAAGAGCUUUUGAGUUACACCAUCCAAAUUCUUUGUGAUCUUGCAAUUGUGUUUCUUUUAACACAUAUUUAUAUAUUCUGUCAAAUUAAAUAUAAAUAAAUAAAACUUAGCAAUAUCUUUACAUGCCAAGUAAUGUGGUACCUGGUCACAGCACUACUCAUCUUCACAGUAUAUGGAAGCCAUGGUUGUGUAAUGAUGAGUCCAGACCAGAAGGUUGCAGUUGGGACAGGCGUCUAUUUGAUGUGUAAUUUCUCCAAAUGUCCUAAGCCUCUGGACACCAACUCUCUUAGUGUGGAGUGGGAAUUCCAGGAUAUCUCAUCUAAGCAAACAAUAAUCAUCUACUACAUCAGAAAUCAAACUGUAUCAAUACAUCCUGAUGUACUUUUUCGGGGAAAUGUAAAAUUGGGGAGCUUUGAUAUACUCCUCCAUUCCGUGACCUAUGAAAACAAUGGAACUUACUUGUGCAGACUGCGUCUCGAUGGCAUUUUCUACAAGAAUCGUACACACCUUUUAAUCCAUUCAGCAUCACAGAAAACAAUUAAUAAUCCAGCUGUGAACCGUGUGGAGGUACAUUUUCUCUGGUGGGUGCCUCUGGUGUCUGUAGCUGGGCUUGUGCUGUUAGUUGGUCCUGUGUUUUUAGGGAGGAAAGCUUGCAGAUCUCCACAGAAAGAGGACGUUUCAGCGCAAAAUAUGAAAGAGGUUCAAACCAGAACUGACACUGAUGACAUGGGCAACGAAUACAAGGAAACUGCAACGGAACAUAGAUGUCACGAAUCCCACCUCUGUAGUUCCUCCCACUCACCACCUGAGGGCUCCAUCACCUGAAUAUUGACUUUUACUCUUUGAACUCCAUUUCCCAUAAUCCCCGUACCUGGCACUGAUUACCUGCUCUCUUGUUCCUCAUCUACUCUGCUAUUUAAGUCUCACUCUCUAUCAUUGCAAAGUCUUGUUUUGCCUGGCUGACAUUUCUGAGCGUUCUCUGAGUUUAUUGUAUUUCCUGUGUGUGAUCCUGGACUGUGUACCCAGUUUUGACCCGUUGCUGCCUGCCUACUAUUACUGCCUUGUUUACCUGGAUUUUACCUGUGAUUGUCUGCUGCCUGCCCUGACCUCUUGCCUAUUUACUGACUACCUCUCUGGACUAGCUUGGAUAUUACUGUUGCUGGUGAUUGACCCCUGCCUAUCUGUAUUACUACGUUUAUUGUUAUUAAAACUGCACAUGGAUCUCAACUCUGUUGACUCAUCAUUACAGUAGAAUUCGGCACGUAAAAAUCAGUUUGCAAAAAAUUAGUUAUAGUAACGUUCAUUCUAUGAGACAGCAUAAGUUGGUUAAAGCCAAAAACGUAUCAGGUAUCAGGCCAUUUUAAGCAGAAGGCAUAAACUUCACCUAGCUUCCCCAGAUUGAGUGCCUGUUUCUUAAAAUAGGAAGUAUUAUAGUUGUUAUGGUUGUUGUAUGUAAAUCUACCUUAAAAUUCCAUUUGGCUUUUCUUCAGACUGUUCUGUCUUGUAAUUAGUUUGAGUAACAUACAAUUGCAAUAAAGUUACAAGUUGCUAAUAGCAAUCCCUGGUAGGCCUAAUACUUUGAAUAAACAUGAAUACAUUUAUCAAUUUCUGACAAGUGGUCAGAUGUAGGCUAAUGGCUCGCCUAAUGUGAUAUUCCAACAUAAUCACACGGGAAGUCGGCACGCUGUUUCCGAAAGAUCCGGUACCCUAGGAUCGGCAACAGUAUGCUGACUCACUGACAUGCCCCAUCUGCCAUCGGACAUAUCUGGAACGGCUCAACAACAAUUAAUUUCCCUCGUGGCAUGACUGUUAGCACAUUGCGUCAGUUGUAUGGAAGACCACAGUUCAAUCCCCAUUCAAACGAGGAAGCAAUCACAUUUGUGUAAACUAACAUUGCAUUUUGUCUCUACUAAUUGUUAUGGAUAGAUUUGGGUUUUGGUUGGAGGGUAGAUUAAAUAAAAUAAACAUUUCUCUUCACUGUUUUACACCCUAUUCAGCUGGAAAUAAUUAUUUUUACAACUGGCUUCUGGUGACCUCUCCUGGAUAUAAAUGGAUGUCACUCUUGUUUAUGUGCUCUGAAACAAUUACCGCUUUAGCCUCUGGAGGCAGUGUUUUCAAAUUCGGUCAGCGUAUACCGAUUUCGGCUAAAGAAAAAUCGGCACACACUUGCCGAAUUUUAUGUGAGAUCAGGCAGAUUAUUCUGGCCAUUGUGGCCCCCUACCCCAAAUGAGUUCCCCACCCCUGGCAUAGAGGUUUGAUUUUGGCAUGUUUAGAUUUGUUGUGAAUGUCAGUUAUUCCCAACCAGGUGUAUGUGUAUUCCAUAGACAACUUAAAGUUAUAGUUCACCCAAAAAAUGAAAAUUCUGUCUCCAAACCUUAUGUCAUUCCAAACCUGUAUGACUUUCUUUGUUCUGUGGAACACAUUUUCUGUCAAUGAAGAGCUACUUGAUUCUUACUUGAGCCUUAUGGACCUGUGGAUGUAUAGUAUAUAAGACAAAAAAAAAAUCACUGCUGUAGCUGGUUGUGUACAGUAGGGUUUGAAAAUUGUCUUUUAAGCUUGUUUGUUUGUCAUA